CUGGCAGUCCGGCCAUGUUUAGUUUAGUGAAAGUGUAGGAACAUAACAAUUUUCAUCGAGGUUUUCUUAUUUGGAUUGCAUAAUUCUUUUCAAUUACAGGUGACCCAGUUUCUUCAGUAUUUCGUAGCUAUAAUCACGAUGGUUCACGCAAUGAAGAAACUUUUUCAGUUGAAAAUGCAGGUUGGUACUCUAAUAAGGCAACAUUAUUGCCUGAUGUUGGCAAAUGAAGCGGCAUGUAGAAGCUCUCCUAACCCUAAAAACUAAUUGGUUGGAUAACCUUACCGUGAAACAAUAAGAAAUAAAGAUAAACAAUGAUGUGUUAUUGUUUUCUACGACCAAUAAGGAAACACCUUACUAGCAGCUCCUACAUUACUGAAUGGAGCGGCACCAAAGCAACAGUUACUAAGAACAAACAUUGCAAUUUACAAAACAAAAACAUCUGUAAAUAUUCUAAGACGAUGAGUCUCCGAUCCACGGAAUUGUUUUCAGGAAAGUCUAUGAGGUAGUAAGGAUGAUAAAAACUUAGAAAUAUUUUGAAUGAAUAUGACAAAAAAAAAAAACAAUUAUCGAAUCAGUCUUUCGUGUGAUAUGAAGAAUUAAGUAAAUCUCGUGGGGAUCCACCGAGGCCGUUGGCACUCUCCCAGUGAUCUGCUUAAUCCUUCAUAUACUCAGCUUCAUUCAAUAAAUGUUCACCAUCACUUUUAUUUUCCAACGCCAUCUGCAGGAAAUUAGCCUCCCUCGCAACCGUUUUUGUCUCGUCACUCAGCGCUCGUCGAGGAGCGUUUCGUGACGAGACAAAAAGGGCUGUGAGGGAGACUGGCAUGAAAUGACGUGCUAACUUUCCUCACAACUUUUCCUUUUUAUAUAUUAACCGGUUUCAGAAAAAGAGAUAUCUCGUCUUCUUUUCUCACUAUCUGGAAUGGAUUGCCUACGUGUCUGCCCUUGCUUACAUUUUCCCGGCGUGUGAUUGUAAACUAGGAUACAAGCAGGAAGUGGGUGCAAUCGCUUUGUUCUUUGGUUGGUUGAAUCUCAUUCUUUUCCUCAGAAGGUAA